AUGCACGGCGCUGAAAAAUUCGAUGCAGGAAUGCAGCUCUCGGUUCUGCCGUACCAUAAUCCCUGUGGCUGCAGCGCCGUCCGCCUGGGGGGCAUCGUGGUCAAUCACCCGCUGAUCGCUCCACAUCCCACGGAAGGGCUCUUUCUGAGCGAGAACACCGAUGAAAUACGCCAGCACCUCGACUGCCCUCGUCGUAUUGGAAGCAUCACAGGCGCUGGGAAGACCGGGGCAUGGCGGCCCGACAGCGACACCGCGGGCCAGUGGAUCCAGGUCGACCUGGGCCGGGAAGCUGUGGUGACCGGUGUCAUCGUCCAGGGUCGUUCCGCCCACGACGGCUCCGAGCAGCAGCAGUGGGUCACAGAGUACGCGGUGGAAUACGCCAGCGAAGGGUAUCCUACGCGUCAGACGGUACAGGAUGGCGAAGGCAAUGUAGCGACGUUUCCUGGCAGCACCGAUAGUGACUCCUCGAUGACGUCACGCUUCUACGGAGCGAUCCUGGCCAAUGUUAUCUGCAUCAAGCCCACGUCGUGGUAUUCAGGGGUGGCUUUGCGAUUUGAACUACUCGGCUGCUUACCUUCGUGA